CUUCAUUUUGUCGCAAGCACUGUUGUAUAUGAUUUUGUUGUCGGAAUGGGUGACUUGACCUGGUGAGCCCUGCAACUGAAAAACACAUCGCCAGUUUUUUUCAACUAGAACGGCAUCUGCCCAUUGUUUCGCUUGUGCACUUCAAAGCGUCAGGCUGCGGGUUGGCGAUUAAUACUAAUCUCCAUCUCUCUCUUCUCCUACCUCCUCUGACGCUCAGAACAUUUCUUACCCACAAUGGCAGCUCAGCGUCAGGCCUCGUCUGCUUCCCAGACCCCGCUCAUCUCUCCCGCAGAGCUUUCCUACCUCUACACCUCGCUGUCUCUUCCUGACGGCCCGAUUCGCCCAGACGGUCGCUCAGCUACGCAAUUCCGACCCUUGACUGCAGAGACCGAUAUACUCCCGGGAACAAACGGUAGCGCGCGCGUCGGUUUCGCAGAUGGUACCCAGGCCAUUGUCGGAGUCAAGGCUGAGGUGGAAAAGACCGUUGUGGCGGCAGAAGCCCUGAAUCUAUCACAACACACUCAAGAGGAAUACGCCGACAAUGAAGUUGGUGAAGGGAAACAAUCGUCUAGUGCUGGGCAUGGGUCAUGGGUGCAAAUGUCCAUCGAGAUUCCCGGGUUUCGGGACGAUGACGCCCUACCGGUUUUCUUGUCGGAAAUGAUGCGUGAGCCUCUGGUUGAAUCUGUCGCGGGAGGCCAAGGUGGAGACGGCGAAAUGGCGGGUGGCUUGAAGGAUAGAUUGGUGAUCAAUAAGCGCUGGCAUUGGCGAUUGUACAUUGAUGUGCUGCUACUGUCCCAGCCUCUGUCGUACCCGCUUCCUUUGCUAUCUCUUACGACUCAUCUGGCGCUUUUGUCGACCAAGCUGCCCAAGCUCAAGUCGAAGGGAGAAGAAGAUCCCUUCUUUGAUGACGAUUGGAAUGCCGCCGAAUACCUGUACCCUCGUUCUCAGCUGAAGUCACACCUGUCGACGCAACAAGUCCGGCCUCCUGUGACGCUGCUUGUUAUUUCCGUAGGCGAUAAUGUUGUUUUCGAUCCCAACAGGGAAGAAAUCGCUGUUGCGGACACUGUUCUGGCUGUUUCUGUCACCCGCGACACCGACUCCGAGGGCCUGAAGCUGCUCUCAAUCCGUACCGUGGACCCUCCAUCCCGACUCACGCAACCGGGUGUACCGAACUCGGAGAACCUGGCGACUCUAGGCUCUGCUGCUGAAGAGGCGGCUAUGCUGGAGCCAUCCACCGGCGAAGAGGUCUCGGGAGUUUGGAAACCGCGACGUGGCGGUGUUAAGAGGCGUACGAUCGCAAAGAUGCUCAAACUAGUCCUGGAGAAGGGAGGUGUUGGCGAAGAGGUCCUCGAGGGCUUGGAGGGUGUCCAGGUGGGCUGAACCUACUCAGUUGGCCACCAAACGGGUCCCAGUCCGAAAUCCUUGCCUCAGUUUGCAUAUACCUGUCGCACGAUGGAUCGAAGUGUCCAGCUGAUCGGGACAGUCGACUGAACUUGCAGCCGAACAAACCACAAGCGUUUGAAGUUGAAACAUCCCACACGCUUGCUGCUGAGAAGAUACAGAUCUCGAUGAAGCUCGAAUCUACCACAGCAAACAGGCGAGCUUGAGACGAAAUGAAGCAAAUCAAUGACACAUCGCCAUGAUGAUAGGGUAACCGACUAGAACCCACAACUUGUACAUAGCAGACAAUAUAUGAGAACGAAACGGGCAUAAAGGACAAUCGAAGGCUAAUAUACAAUCUCCAUAACCGGUCUUCACAUGAUGGUUCCAC